AGUCAUCGGUGGAAACUUGUCAAAGCCUUGCAUAAGUUUAGCUCCUGAUUUUUGGUCUUAGAAUUAGAGAGAGGUGAUUUGAAAAAGGUUUUAAAUUACGCAAAAAUGAUGAAAGUUGUAGUUGUUCUUACUGCUUUGUUUGCAAUUGCCGCAGGAUACUACAUUCCCAGGCAAAAUGCUUUUAUUGGUUAUCCACAACCUAUGGGAUACCAGCAAUGGGCUCAGCGUACCAUGUAUGGAGUGCACUUAACAAAUCAACAGUUCCGGAACCAGCGUGUAUCUGAUUUUGAUGCUGGCUUACACCCGAAUGAUUGUCAACACACAGAUACCACGAGUGCUGAACUGCCUGUCCAUGAUUCCAACGAAGAAUCGAUAGCUGAUGCGUAUCCUUCAGUACAGCUCCCGGUAGAGGAAGAACCUGUUCGGGAUGUACCAGCUGUUUUCGAGGACGAGGUUGAAGACUCCAUCGAGGAUGAACCAUUAACUGCCUCCGCUGUGUCAGCAGCUGUUCCAGCCACGGUCCCAGAAAACAAGAAGAAGACGGUUUCUGCUCGUGCAGACUCGAGCGAAGAGGAGGAUCAGGAUACUCCUACCGGGCAAGGUUCAAUUGGUUCCGCUUUCUUCCCAAUCAACUUCGGAAGUGCAAGUGGUGGAUCUAUUGCAAUUGCCAACUCGUACAGCACUGGAAAAGGAGGAUCUGCCACCAGCACUGCAACAGCCUAUGGAAGCCCGGCAACCGUUGGAUUGAAAAGGGUGCCUGCUCCCCAGCUGCGUAAAAGGCCCGCCAAACUUCGUGGUCGGCAAUAAUAUGGUUGUGAAAAAGUUUUGGAGACACCACUUUAUCUCCAAGUGAUAUAUGUAUCUGAUUAGUGAAUUUGUAUUUAGCAUAUUUUAAAAUCUAAUGUCCCGCAUUCAUAUAGGUUUCCUUUUCAUUCAUGCAAUAAAUAAAGUGUAGGGGGAUUAGGGGCAUAAUGGACACCCGGGGCGAAAUGGACACCCCUGUUUUUGCCGAAACCGUUGACUUUUAUGUAAAACUUUUAAUGCAUAAGUGUAAAGGAACAAUUCAUGGUUCCAUUUUUCAAAAGUACCAUUUAUAUUGCUCCAAA